AACGACUUAGACGAUAGAGGGUGGAAAAAAAAGCAGAGGAACUACUCCUGUUUACAACAACAUAAUGGAGCCAAAAUGGCCAAAUACCAUCUGCAGGCGCGUUUUACUCACUGGAUUUACGCUCUGUGUUGUAUUAGUCACAAAACCUACAUGGGCAAUCGACAUAUUUGCCGACCCUGAAGUUAUGAUGCAGAACGGCACCACGGGAACCCUUCGAUGCACCUUUAAGAGCAGUGAAGUAGUCAGCAGCACCACCUCGGUGACCUGGAGCUUUCAGUCGAGUCAGCCCGACAAUCAGUUCUCCAAGGCUCCGUACGUGAUUUUCUAUUUUUCCAAUGGGAAAGGAUUCCCGGGGACAAAUGAGUUCAAAGACAGAGUGCAGUUUAUUGGAGAUGUCAACAAGAGGGACGUCUCGAUACAGCUGAAUCCGGCUCAGUUCAGUGACAACGGCACCUUCUUCUGUGACGUGAAGAACCCACCGGACGUAUCGGGAACACCGGCUCGAACAGAGCUCAGGGUCGUUCUGAAAGAAUCGCUUCCUCAGACCAACACUGCCCUUAUAAUCGGAGCAGUUUGUGGUACUUUAGUUCUGCUCAUCAUCAUCGCUGUAGGUGCCUGCAUUGUCAUGAGGGUGCUUCACAACCGCCAUGAGUAUGAAGGAUGUACAUCCUUGGAAAGCGUGAGCUCUCAGGUUCCGCAGCCACGAAAGAAGGUGGAGUCUGGCCUGGAGGGCUCCAAGUGUACCGUUCCUUUGGGUCCACUACAGGGCCCGGUGAUAUACGCCCAGUUGGAUCACUCAGGCAGCAAAAACUCGUUCCAUAAGAUGGAGCCAGUGGUCUACGCUGACAUUCGUAAAAAUUGAGGAGGAGCUGGGGGACCAAAAGAAAAAAAAAAAAAAAGGAAAACAGUAAAGUAUCAGACCUCUCUAUCAGCUGCUCUUGGGAAGGGUGGGAUUAUUUUGACAGGGGCAUAAUCGGUGCAGUUUUUUUUCUUCUCUUGUCCUCUGAAAGCAUGAUGCUGUUAUAAGAUAAAAUAAUGUCUCCAUAUGCUUUAUUGUAAAGACAAAAAAAAAAACAAAACACAAACGCUAAGACACAACCUAGUGAACACUACAUCACUCCAUCACAUAAGCCUUGAAAUUGUUCUCCAACACAGGGACAAAGUAAAAAACAAGGCGGCCUUCAUAGAUAUCAUUCCACAUAUAAAGAUAUUUUUUAUUUUAAUCAAUAUUGUUUUAUGCCUGAAAAAAAAAAAAAAAGGCUCUGCAGGCUG